AUGGACAUCAUUGAUUGGCAAAAUGACAAUGAAGUCCAUAUGGCUAAAACAUUCUUUGACACAUACGUUUCUGCUUGGAACCCUCUUACCAAAGCUGACCAAAAUAAUACAGUUUCCUACACUGCAAUAGAUGACCCAUGCUUGGCUGAUACUACAAAGAUAUUCUCAAUGUCCCCGGCAACUGAUUAUGAAGCAUUGGUAAAUACUUUGGAGAGACACACAAAAUGCACACAAAAUACAUGUCUCAGGAAAAAAGGUCAUUUAUUGCAAUGUCGUUACAGAGCUCCAUGGCCUGAACAACAAACAUCUACAUUAACAAUUGAUAUUGACAAUAAACCAUGUUAUGCACCUGCAAGGAAUGAUGACCGCUUGAAUAUUCAUAGCCCUUGCAUGCUUUCAAUAUGGCAGGCUAACAUUGAUUGCCAGCUUGUUACUUCAAGAAAAGCCAUCUUACAAUACAUUUCAAAGUAUGCUUCAAAAUCUGAAAAAAAAUCAGAACCUUAUACUGAAAUGCUAAAAACUAUUGUAAACGCAACUACUUCUGAAGAUACUGUCUUCUUGACAUACCAAAAAUUUAUGAUGGGGAUAAUAGCAGACCAUGAUAUCAACACACAAGAGACUUGUCAUAUGUUGCAGAAAUUGCCGCUCAUUACCUGUAGCCGACAGUUUAUAUCUCUUAAUGAGGUGAUGUUGCUAGGUAACUUAUGGCUUGAAGUUGGCCUUGUGAAUGGUUCCAUUGGCCUUGUUAAAAACAUUAUCUAUGAACCGAAUACCAAACCACCAGACUUGCCAAAGUUUGUUAUUGUCCGCUUUCAGAAUUAUAAAGGCCCUCCAUGGGAUCCAUUACAUCCAAAUGACAUACCCAUUACUCCCAUUGCCCGAGGCAGGCAUACACAAAUUCCAUUGACAACCGCUUGGGCAAUAACUAUUCACAAAUCUCAAGGCCUUAUAUUAGAUAAAGCUACAAUACACAUAGGCAACACUGAAAAGCAAGGCCUGACAUUUACAGCUAUCUCGAGGGUCAAAUCAAUUAAUGGAAUAUGCAUUCAUCCACCUUUCUCAUUUGAAAGGUAUGCAAAAAUGCAGAAAAGUGCUUUUACCACCAUAAAAAAGAAGGAAGAAACUCGCUUACAACAACUCUCAGCCCUCACAAGUACAUUGCUAGAUUGCAAUCUACAACUAUGA